AUGUUGCUGACUGAGGAAGAUGUUCGAGAGAGAGUCAGCCUGAGGCGCCAAAAUCUCGCUGAUGUCCGAUCAUUGUCUCUUCCUGGAACUUAUGAAAAGAUCACUCAUUUAGGAAACUCCCUGAAAAAAUUUGUUUGUCUGAAGUCUCUUGACCUCUCACGCAAUUCACUGACUACACUGGAGGGCCUGCAACACCUCACAUACUUAGAAAAGCUCAAUCUCUACUUCAAUCAUAUCUCCUUCUUAUCAGAAGUAUUACGGCUCCACAGUUUAACUGCGCUCCAAGAUGUGGAUCUCCGACUGAAUCCUGUUGUUAAAAAUGAAUCAGAUUAUCGCCUUUUUGUUGUACAUAUGCUUCCUAAUCUCAGACGGUUAGAUGAUUGCCCUGUGAGAGAAAGUGAGCGAAAAGCAUCUCUUUUGCAUUUUACCUCAGAUCACGCUUAUAAAUUCAAAAAAUCUUCAAUUUUAGAAAAAGGAAUUGAACCUGGCAGGUACAAAAAAAAGUAA